GCCUCUGUCGGUCUCUGCAGACACACACAUACCGGUGUUGUUCAUCAUGAAUGCUGUUCAUAAUCGAUGAUAAUUCAUCGUGCACGGCUCGUUUAUUUCGUGCUUUUUUAUUUAUUUAUUUUUAUUUUUACAUUUUAUGAUGCAUUUGGAUCGCUGCAUGGUCGCGGGCGCAGUGCAGUUCCGAUUAUUUGUAUUGUUAUGUUGUUGUUGUUUGCAUCUCUCUUUAAGAUGCGCUGCACAUGGCGAGGACAUACACACGGAUCAACGUUGGCAUAGAGACUCAUCUCGCAUCCAUGACAACCCGGAGCACUUUAUCACUUAUCCACAGUGGAUCAGCUCAGCCAGACACAAACGAUCUCAUGAGAGCUCUAAGCAUCCAUCUGAGGCAGAGGUCAAAAUUACUGCAGGAGGAGAAGAUCUGAUUCUACAGCUCCAGAGAAAUGAGGAGCUGUUCUCUUCUGAAUAUCAGGAAAUAUGGUACAAUCCGAAUGGAGACCGCCAGUUUUCCAAGCCUGCCAACAGGGAUCACUGUUAUUAUCAUGGGUCAGUCAAAGGGAUCCAGGGGUCAAGUCUGGUCAUCAGCACCUGUGCUGGACUCAGGGGCAUGAUAACAGUCAAUAACAGCUUGAGCUACAUGAUCGAACCGCUAGCUAACCAAACACACUCUCAGGGACAUGUCGUUUUCAACGCUCAGAGUCUGAAACUGCCAGUGAGCACCUGCGGACACUACCAUGAAGACGGGAAUCACUCGGAAAGCCUUCAAGAGCUGAUUGAUGUCAUGGCAAAGCCUCAGCAGACCAAUAGGGAAAGAAGGGAUGUCAGUAGUAGCAUGAAAUACGUGGAGCUGAUGGUGGUGGCCGACCAUGCAGAGUUUGUGAAGCUCGGUCGGAGCCUUGAAAAUACCAAAAAGAGGCUGCUUGAAGCAGCUAACUUUGUGGAUAAGUUUUACAAAUCCUUUAACAUCCGUGUGGCUCUGAUCUGGUUGGAGAUCUGGAACGAUCAAGACAAGAUCACUGUGACCGACAACCCCUACAGCACCCUGGGUGCAUUUCUGACCUGGAGGAGGAAACACCUGCCACAGCUGCCCAAUGAUAACGCUCAGCUAGUAACGGGUGUUUCUUUUAAGGGCACCAUCAUUGGUCUGGCUCCCCUAAAAGCCAUGUGUUCUGAAUACCAGUCCGGUGGAGUCAAUUCGGACCACUCUGAACAACCUGUGGGGGUCGCUGCCACCAUGGCUCAUGAGAUGGGGCAUAACUUUGGUAUGAGCCACGAUAGUCCAGGCUGCUGUCUCGCUAAUCCCAAUGAUGGAGGCUGUAUUAUGGCUGCUGCCACAGGGGAUCCGUUCCCUCGUGUCUUCAACCCCUGCAAUCAGAAAGAGCUGAAGCACUACCUGAGCUCCGGCGGAGGGAAGUGCUUGUUCAACCCUCCCAACACCAGGGUCAUGUACGGGGGUCAGCGCUGUGGAAACGGAUACCUGGAGGAAGGAGAAGAGUGUGAUUGUGGGGAAGUGGAGGAGUGCUCAAGUCCCUGUUGCAAUGCCAACAACUGCACGCUAAAGAUUGGAGCGGAGUGCGCACAUGGAGUUUGCUGUCAUGAGUGCAAGCUGAAGAGCCCAGGAGUGAUGUGCCGUGCUCCUUCAGGCUCCUGUGACUUGCCUGAGUACUGUGAUGGGAAAUCAGAGUCCUGUCCUGCUAACUUUUACCUGGUGGAUGGCAGCAGUUGUGCGGGUGGUAGUGCCUACUGUUACACAGGAAUUUGCUUGACGCUGGAGCAGCAGUGCCUCUCUCUAUGGGGCAAAGAUGCCCAUCCUGCUCCUGAUCUUUGCUUUACUGAGGUAAAUAAAGCAGGCGAUACCUAUGGAAACUGUGGCAGUUUCAUGCGUACAUACAGGAAAUGCACUGAAAGGAAUGCUAAAUGUGGGAAGAUUCAGUGUCUGAGCACUGCCAGCAAGCCUUUAGAAUCCAACGCCGUCGCCAUAGACACCAACAUCAUGGACGGUCAACAGAAGAUCCUGUGCAGAGGGACACACGUGUACCAGCAAGGUCAGGCUAAUGAGGAGCAGAGUGACACCCUAGACCCAGGCCUGGUUCAGACUGGGACCAAAUGUGGGGAGAAUGCGAUCUGUUUUGAAGGGGAAUGCCGCAAUGCGUCCUUCAUGCAAGCUGAUGAAUGCAGUGCCAAAUGUCAUGGCCACGGCCUUUGUAAUAAUAACCACAACUGUCAUUGUAACUCGGGUUGGGCACCACCGUUUUGUGAGACGUCGGGUUCAGGAGGGAGUUUGGACAGUGGGCCUGUGAUCACACACAGCAACCUUUAUCUUGUUCUGGUUCUCCUGAUUCUUUUUGUCCUUCUGGGAUUGGCUGUCCUUGGUGUCUGUUGGCGCUGCUGCAAACAGAAGCUCCUUUCCACCAAAAGCCCCACCCUUCCUGCUACCCAAAUAUGCAUCAAUGUUCCAGACACCCCUGAGACUAAAAGUCACACCACGGGUCAUGUCAACCCAGUGUUCCUGCCAAAGAAAUCUCAUGCUGAUGAUCAGGCCAGUCCUCGAGCGAAUCCUACAGGUCCACCCAGAUCCAAACAUUCUGCCGUUCGACCCGCUGUGAAACCACCUCAAAUCCCAGCCUACGCUGCACACACGCAGAGUUUACAGCAUUCAGAGUCGCCCAAGCCAUCUCCAUCAGCACCCAAAACAAGACCGCAACCACCCAAGAGACCCCCUCCACCCUGUCCCAUAACCAAACCCUCCCAGCCUGCAGAAAUGCUGCCUAAGAAUGGCGUGCCAGUGUCACCAGCCAUGUUGCAGAAAGGGGAAUCCAGCCUGAUGCCCCCUUCUGGGCGUUUUCAAAAUGUCAGGUUUCAAAGAAAAGUUUCUGGAAAGAGCUGAGUCACUGUGAAGGUCAUUGGAGUGCUAUAUUGAUCAACUCUGCACCUUUAAGAUGUCUGUGUGUGAGUGACCAAUCAACCUGUCUCGCUCAUUGUGAUCUCCGCCUUAUUGACUUGAACAGAAUGAAGUAUAACUUCCAACUUUUUUCAGGGGGUGCCAUAUGUUGCAUUUUCUUUAUUAUAUCUAUUUAUUACAGAGACCUCAGUGAAAAGAAAAACAAAAAACUAUGAAGUAUGGCAUUAUAAUAUAAUAAGAGCAUGGGUCAUCUAAAAAAUAUCUUGCACCGAAAAUAUGAAAUGUUAAUUUUUGCACGCAAUAGUAAUACAUUGUAAGUACUUUAUAUACAAAGAAUGAACUGGAAAAUGGGAGCAGAUUUGUCUAGUCUUGAACUAACUUGCACUGUCAGUCCAGUUUAGUUUAGUACUAUGAAUAAUCUGUACUCAGGAAACAGCUCUGCAACUGG